GAUCAGAGAAGAAGAGCCCCCCAUCAGCACUUUGAUUUUUACUUUUUUAAAGAACUUUUAUAUAAAUAUAUAUAUAUAUAUUUUUUGACUGAACAGCUUCAGAAUGACAGAAAGCCAGGUCGUACUGGACGCACUGUCCACCCUCUUCAGUGCGGUGGUCACAUCUAUUCAGUCAGAGAAGUCGCAGGGCUCAGACUCUACUGAUUCUCUGUCCGCAGACCAAAAACUGACCAUCGCAACCUUCAUGACUGCGCUCAUAGGAGGGUUACCUGCUUUAGGAGCUUCACUCAAGAAAGCAGGUUUUUCUCAGACAUGUAAACACAUCAUUGAUGAGGAAGAAUUCUUGGAUCCAGACUAUGACUAUGAUUUCACUGAUGUGAAGGACACGCAGACGUUUUACAGAGGCGGGGAGGUGUACGAACGCCCCUGCGGCUGGAAGCGUUACGCUCUCAAGGUUCUGGAUAAAUACCGGGAUGGAAACGCCUGGCUGGGAGAGCGAGGCCACUGCACCACCACACACUCCGAGGACGGGGAGUGGCCCGUGGCCUACCACGGGACGUCGAGGAGCGGCGCUCGAGGCAUCAUCACAGAUCAGUUUAAGCCUGGUCCUGGCCAGAAGUACGGCAGGGGGAUUUAUUGUACCCCGUACCUGUCUGAGGCCACGCCUUACACCGAACCCUUCAGCUCCACCUCAAAGGGCAGAGAGUACCAAGUGGUUCUGCAGAUUCGAGUCAACCCAAAGUACAGAGAGAAACACAACAAGGGUAAAUACUGGCUGGUUCCCAUCAAAGAAGGGCUGACGGAGGAAGAGGAGCAGGAGAUUGUGGAUAAAGCCGUCCGCCCUUACGCCAUCCUGAUGAGACGUCUGUGAUGGAGCAGAAAUUAGUUGAUAUGUAUAAAACAUAUGCAGGAGAGAAUAACAUUUUGCACAGUUGAAGGAGAAUGAUGUUUGUGUGUUUCUGAAUGAUCGCAUUUACUUGGCUCAUUCUAGUGUGUUAUAAACCUAAAUAUUCUUAACUCUUUGUGUUUGUGUAACUUUGUGUUUUUGUUUUUCCAUUUUUUCUUAAAAAAAUAAAAAGUGAAUUAU